AUGUCUAAGGAAAAAAAUGUUGAGACGAAAACAGAAGAUGAGAAUGAGGAUGUUUCAAGCGUAUUAUACCCAACAGACCCCAAGACAAAAUUCUUCACAACAAGAGACAUUGUAAUAUUCUUAAUGGUAUCAAUAUUUACCGCCUUAAUUCUUGGACGAAUCAACAUAUCACUAAUAACAUCCACAAUAUUUCCAUAUGUGCACAAAAUAUGCGAAAAAGUAAAACCACCUUCCUCAACAAACCAUCAACCACCAACAUACUGGGUACCAGACGAUGGUCAACAUCUGCAAGUGGUUCACAAAUUAUUCCAAACUUAUGGUUUCCAAAAAAAUACCACACCAGAAAAUUGGGAUGUCCUGUGGACGCAUCAGUAUCCCUUUACUGUGUAUAAAAAUCUUGUGAAAAAUUUAAAAUGGCACCAGAAAGUCAAUCAUUUUCCUGGUUGUGGUUAUUUUACGAAUAAAGUGGAUUUGUCGACUACUGGUGUGGAUUUCAUGCCGAAAUCCUUUCGCAUUCCUGAUGACGUGGAUGAGCUAAAAAUAUAUGCUAAAGAGAAUCCUGAGUAUAAGUUUAUUGUCAAAGGCAAUAUGCACAGAAAUAUUGAGAUCGUGGAUGUCGAUGAAAUUGAUUUGACGAAGAACACGACGUUCAUCCAGAGAUUUGUGGAUAACCCUUAUUUGGUGGAUGGACACAAGUUUGACAUGGGAGUGUAUACAGUAAUAACAUCAGUGGAUCCCUUAAGAGUUUACAUAUACAAUGGGGAUGUCCUAUUUCGAUAUUGUUCGCACCCUUACCAUCCAUUUAAUGCCAGUGAUCUGGAUCAGUAUGUGAUUGCUGAAGAUUAUUUGCCAACUUGGGAAGUUCCUUCUCUUAAAGUUUAUUAUAAUGAAUUUGGAUACAGUAUGAGAGAUUCUUUUGAUGCCUAUGUCAAAAAUAAAGGAGGAGACCCGAGGAAAGUUUGGGAACAAGUGGAGAGAAGUUUGAGGGAUAUCUUAGUGUUGAAGGAAGAAAAAAUGAAGACAGUGACUAAAAGAUUCAAAUCAACACACAAUUUCUUCGAGUUGUACCGUUUCGAUUUUGGACUGGAUGAAAAUUUGAAUGUUUUUUUAAUGGAAGCCAAUAUGAGUCCAAAUUUAUCACCUGCUCAUUUUAAACCAAACAGAUUGCUUUACGAACAAGUGGUUUAUAAUGUUUUCAAACUUGUUGGAAUUGGAAAUCUACUUUCAACAUUUUUUUACAUUUUAGGCGAAAACACACAAAUGCUAUCAGCCAACAAGAAUAUUCUAGUCAAUGCAGAAGUCUGCUCCAGUUAUGAAUGUAAUAAUUCCUGCUCCAACAAAAAAUGCUCUUUAUGCCUCCAUUGUUUGACCACUAAAGAUGUUGAAGAUUUGCAUAUGGCUUAUCAAGAACAUAUGAAUCGUGGAGACUGCAAACGGAUAUUUCCAGAAAAAAUGGUAAGAAAUAUAAAUCUAAAAAAAUAUUCUCACAAAAAUCAGCUGAUCAUAAGAUGGUUUAAUGAAAAAUGCAAAGCAGAUUACACGUGGUGUUGA